GUUGAGAUAAAGGAGGUGGAGGAGGCAUUGGAUGAUGGGGGGCCUGUGGUUGCUGUUGCUGUUGCUGCUGCUGCUGUUGUUGUUGUUGCUGAUGUGGAUGCUGUUGAGGAUGGGGUCCUUGACCUUGUGGAUUGUCCAUACCCAAGAUGGGGUUCAUCUGAGAGCGGUCAGAAGGGGUGGGAGCACGUCCACCGCCACGACCAAUAUCGGGAAUACGUACAUCUUCACGAGGAUGAGGAGGGCCCUGAUGCUGAGGAUGGCCAGAGUGUUGUUGCUGAUGGUGAGGUGGAGGACCUUGUUGUUGUUGUUGUUGUUGUUGCUGUUGUUGAUGUUGUGGUUGUGGUUGUGAGGGAUGAGGAUGAUGACGGAAAGGAC